AUGGAACCCACGCCAAGUCAGCUCAAUGCGCAGCACUGCCGCAACUUCGUCACCACUCUUCACACCACGCCCUAUCCAGCAAUAGAUCCGUCGCGCGUAAAGCUACCUUCACCUUUCUUCGUCUGUAUAAUCGGUGGACGAGGCGCAGCCGGUGGCGGAAUAGCCCGGGCAUACGUCCAAGCUGGCGUAUCGGGCCUCAUCCUCGCUGCUCGCACACGUUCGGGGCUGGAAGAAACAGCCAACGAAGUUCGCUCAAUCAGCUCUACAAUCAAAGUGGUCAUUCAAAUUUGCGACAUCGCUGUCGAAAAGGACCUCGCGUCAGUUGCACAGAUUGUCAAGACCGAAUUUGAUGGGCGCCUUGAUGUUGCCGUGGUGAACUCAGGCUACACGGGUGCGAUGGUUUGUGAUGUCGCUAAAGAGUCACCAGAGGAUUAUCAGACUGCAUUCAAUGUCAACACAAUCGGCUCCUUUUAUGCGGCACACCAUCUGCUGCCAUUGCUCGAAGCAACUCAAUCAAGUGCGAUGUCUUUCAUCGCGAUCAACUCUAUGGCCUCGCCCACGGUUUCUGGGAUGGGUGGUCAUGCUCACUACUGUGUGAGUAAGGCAGCCCAGGCGAGACUGGUUGAGAUGAUCAAUGAGCAGUAUUCGAGUCGUGGUCUCUUUUGUGCAAGUGUGCACCCGGGCGGUCUGAUGAGUGGGUUUAUCAAGCAUGACUUGCCUGAAAAUAUCAAGAAAAUGAUGAAUGAUAGCCCUAAUUUGGUUGGUGCCUUCUGCGUCUGGCUAUCAACUCCAGACUUUUCUGAGAGACAACGAACGGCCCUUAACGGUCGCUUCCUUUCCUGCAAAUGGGACGUUUCUGAGCUUGAAGAACGAUUUGAUGAAAUUUUGAAAAAGGACCUGCUGAGGUUCCGAAUUGCCAUGGAUUAA